AAAACAGAUUCAGUGAAUUCAGGAUCGUGAAAAUUCGCUGCGUGAACAGUCUCGGUGACGGAAGUUCGUCGCGAUUCAUAACUUUCGCUUGAAGUUGUUUUCGCGAGUUUGCUGGAACAAAACUGUCGGUGGCAGCUAUCUUUGGACCGAAGAAACUUUCGCCGGAGACGCGACGGAGUCGAUUUUUUUCGGGUCUUCGUCAGUGUGAUCGAUUCAUUGGACUGCGGGGGAAAAAGCACUGGGUCUCGGAGCGAUGGCGAAGCGACCUGGGAUGCGGUUCACUUCUGCCACGAGUUUGCUGUUCGUGAUCUUCGUCAGUUUUCAAUUUUCCGAUGCUACUCGGGAAGUCUCGGUAGACGGCAACAUUCCCGCGAGACCCGUGCGCGGGGAUGAAGUCAUUCUGGAGUGCAAAUACCGAAUCAUGGUGCACCAAUCGCCUCUGUACUCAGUGCGGUGGUACAAGGACAACCGAGAGUUCUACAGCUACCUUCCGUCGAACAGCCCUGCGAAAAAGGCAUUCAAGGUGCCCGGAGUCCGCGUCGACGUACCCGCGUCCAACGACUCCCGGGUGCUCCUCUUGCCAGUCGAUUUUUCAUCUUCAGGAACGUACAAGUGCGAGAUUUCGACCGAGGGUCCGUUUUUCUUCUCGGGCUCGUACGAGCAGGAAAUGGUUGUCGUCGCCACUCCCAAGGGCCCACCCGAGAUCAGUGGCGGGAGAAGUACUUAUCGACCCGGGGACUACGUGCACGUGAACUGCACCUCAGGGCCUUCGAAGCCAGCGACUGAAAUCAUGUGGUAUAUCAACGGUCAUCGAGCCGACGGGGGCUACUUGAUCCAUUAUGAUCCGCAAAUGGUCGAGGGCGGCCUGGAAGUGUCGACGCUGGGCCUCAAGUUCCAGGCGAGCACUCGGCACUUUCCAGACGGCACGCUGAACCUGAAGUGCACGGCUACGAUGGCGUCUGUGUAUUACCAGAGCGGCGAGAAGAAAGCCACCGCUCACGGGCACCACGCCAUGCUCAGCAGCAUCAGUGAGAUUUCACAUAUUUUUGCUGAAUAUUGGCAGAUUCCGGAAGAUUAG